AUGGCUGAUGGGAACGCUCGAACCCGCAACGACACUUUCGAUCUCGCGAUAUGGCCUUUCGCUAUUAUGGCCAGGUAUGGCGUGAACCCUCCGACAAUGGUCGACAUUUUCAAGGAUCUCCUUGUUCAAUGCCGUAUUGUCCCACGGUCUUCUCUUCUCCCUGGCCCGAUAGGAUGGUAUCUCUGCAGAGCUGAGUUCCUUCGAUGUCAUUACAAGACCUUCGCUGCGUCUGUUACCCUCCACCACGUACAGUAUGGAACACCUAGGUGGAAACUAAAGGAUCGAAUACAGGGCUGUACAACACCCUCAUGCAGACAUGCCUUACGAGCCAUAAUCACUACACGAACAGGCGCGAAGGUGAUCAUGGUGAUUCGUGACGGCGUGAAAUGUAAGAUGGGGGCCCAAGACAGAGUCUCCAAUUGCAGUGAAGCCCAGGCCGUCGAAAGGAAGGUUGAGCAGAGGACUGUUGACGUGAACAGGCAAUUAGCAGCCACCGGACGCCCAGGAACCGAUGCGGUUUUAGCUGAAGUCUGGGAGUAG